AAGUUGCUUCUGUUUUUCUUUCUUGUAAGGCAUCAUUAACCAAAGUGCACUCUAUUUUAUAUUCCCUUCAGGUAUAUAUUUAUAUCCUCAAGCAAUAAAUAUUCCAACACAAAUUUGAGAAGAUAAUCAAAUAAAUACUUACCAACUAAAGACUUCAAGGCUAUGGAGAUUAAGGUAGAAAAUGAGAUACCCCGGAAUCUUGAUGAAGAGAAAGCUCCCCUGCUUGAAAACUCAGAACUGCCUGAAAUGGAGAAAAACCUGAUACAACAAGCAAUAAGCCAGACAUUUAAAAGCACUGCCCAUCUUGCCAAUCUUCUGCCUACUGGAUCUGUUCUUGCUUUUCAAUUUUUAUCACCCAUAUUCACAAACCAAGGACAGUGUGAUGUGGUUGGUCGAUCCUUGACUGCUGCUCUUGUAGCACUUUGUGGACUGUCAUGUUUCCUAUUGAGCUUCACAGAUAGUUUCAAGGAUCAGAAAGGAAAUGUUUGCUAUGGGUUUGCCACAACACGCGGCUUGUGGAUAAUAGAUGGAUCAGCAACUCUCCCAUUGGAAGUCGCAGCAAAGUACAAGCUGAAAUUUAUAGAUUUCAUGCAUGCCAUCAUGUCAAUAUUGGUUUUUGCAGCUGUUGCGUUGUUUGAUCAGAAUGUGGUAAGUUGUUUCUACCCGACACCUUCAUAUGAAACACAGGAACUGCUUACAGCUCUGCCAGUUGCAAUUGGGGUCAUCUGCAGUAUGUUGUUUGUGGUGUUUCCUACGCAACGUCAUGGUAUUGGCUUCCCCCUCACUUGCUAA